AUGCCCGUGUCCUCCGUCGUUACUGCCGCGCCCGGCGCGGCCGCCACCAGCACUGCGGUAUCCUCGGCCCCGGAAGGGCAGCCCUCGGCGGUGUCGCCAGUGGAGCCCUCGGUGGCAUCUUCGACGGUGACAACGCCUGGCACCGAGGCUACGCCAUCCAGCGUCUCUUCCUCGGCUUCUGCGUUCUCGCCCUCAUCCUCAUCGUCGCUCCCUCCCCUCUCUUCUGCUUCUCCUUCGUUUGCAUCGCCUUCUUCUUCGUCUACCUCGCCCUCUUCUCCGAACCCUCCGGCCGAUACAACCUCAUCUUCCUCACUUUCUCCUUCCUCAUCGCCGGUGUCGUCGUUGCUCUCUUCUGCCUCCCCCUCCUCCUCUUCUUCUUCUUCGUUGACCCUCGUCCAGGAAUCCGCGUACACCACGGUUACCGUGACGCUUACUACCACUGAGUUUUUUACCAACCAUGAGGCAGUCAGCACCUACUACAGCGAAGAGCAAGUCUCGGUGCCUACCACUGUCCUUCUGAGUUACUCGCCUGUCUACACCACCCAGUACGUGGAAGGAACCACUAUCAGCGUACCGGUGACAACGAUCAGCUCAGAAUAUGUUGUCACACCCACCACAAUUCUCUACUCCACAGUUGAGACCUCGUCACCAACCACUUUUACCGAGGAAUCCGUAUUAUACUCGACUAUCAGCUCACCAACCGCUACGGUGUACGAUGCCCAAGAAACUGUCAUUGAAUAUAUCACAGAAACGUCGGUGUUUACCACCACUUUCUCAACAAUAAUCACUACUCUUGGCCCCGUGGCUGUUACUUCGCACUAUACAGAAAGUGGAACUACAGAGAUUGUGUCCCCCAGUGUUUACACCUCUUUCGUGACCUACACGACCACUGCCGAGCACACUUCAAUUGGCCUGGCAACUAGCACCGCGGUCUCCACGCGCACUUAUACUACCACUAUCACUGCCGCCGUAACCAGCGCUCCCGGUCCCGCGGCGACGGGCAGUGUUCCUACAGUGACCAGCACUUCGACUGCGUACACGACGUAUGUGAUCACUGAGCCUGAUUCAACCUACGUCAUCACCAGAGACAUCGAUAUGGAGACCACAUUCGAAACAGUGGCCCCAGCCACCAUCACAAGUGAGUAUUUGACCACUCUCCUGGAUGUCCCAUUAUCAACCUCUAUCAUUAAGCCCAGCGUCCUCUACUCGAAUAAGACUGAAACCGAUACUGUUAUAGUCUACGAGGCGAUAUCUCUGGUUUCACUGGCGCGCACGGUACUCACAACCGAGGUUACCGUUUUAACUACAUCCACCAUUGAAUCUCAGACCCUUGAGACCAUUACGGCACCAGGACAGCUUGUCACACGCGUUGUUCCUGUAAGCCCCGAAAUAAUUACUCUCAGAAAAAGGUGUGAAGCUUGCGAAGAACUACCUCAAACCACUUUCCAGAGCGUCCUGUCAGAGGAGGUCCAAUCUAAUUACGUCUACACCACUACGAUUGUUGCCGACGAACCUACUGUGGUUGUGAACUGCAAUCUCGAAACUAGUUAUUCCACGAUUACCACUGAUUAUGUUGUUGCCCAUGCUUCAGUUUACAGCACUUUUGGUACAUACACCACGGAGGUUGCCACUACAUCUGUUGGCACAACGGUAUACUCGUACCCCGUAACGAAAACCCUUUCCGCGUCAUCGUCGGAUAUUUUGUACAACGUUGAAGUUGUCCCUGUGGCUACAAGCACGCUUGUUCUUACCUCAUAUCUUCCUUUAGAGCAAGAAGUCGCCUACACCACCGUGACGGGAGCGCCAGUCACUGCAAGCGAAACGGCUAGCUACGGCGCAAGUAUUAUCCCUGGCUCUUCGACCGUUUACAUCAUCUCUUCUACUCCAAUUUACUCGACAUCCUACUUCGUUACGACCGAGGAGGAACCUGUGUCAACCGCGUUCUCUGAUGAAGUUGUGACCGAAACUAUCACUUCCACAUCUGUUAGCGUUGCUACUCUUCCAGGAGCUGUCAUCGUCCCUGCAAACGCUGGAAACUCAAUUGGCGUACCCGCCGUGACGUUGGGCUGGCAAUGCAUUGCGACUGUGGCAAGCAUAGUUUUGUUGUCGGCAAUUGUUGUUUAA